CCCCGCCCCCCAGGGAGCCCACACGCGGUUCCCCCGUGCGAGCGAGCGACAAAGACGGCACUGCCACGGUGCCGGCGGCGCAGCAGAACCGGCACGACAAGCAGAGCCGCGCCCCCCGCAGACGCCAGCGCCCGAUCCGCAAGCCCGUGAGCUGGUUCGUGCCGCUGGACAGACGUGUGGACCAGGACUCGGAUGUCUCUCGACAAGGGGCGAAGGAGAACGUGUCCGGGCACGCAGGGCGACCAAUACGAGAGGAGCAGCGCAUGGCAUGGCCCUGGCUGGGACGGCCCAGAGCAGAGUGGCGGUGGCGCCGCCGUUGGUGUCGGCGGUGCGUUGAGGUCCCGGCCUCCACUCCGGGAGAUGCAGCAGCACGACCUGGAGGAGGAGCUGGCAGGAGGGACGCUGCGUUCCCUUGAGCGCCUCACCCUGCAGGAGGCCCUCCACAUGAACCGGCCGGCGUUUGUGUACCGCUCUCGCGAGCGCAUCAAGCGACUGCAGUUCAUGGCGGAGGAGCGUCGCGUGCAGGGCGUGUGGCAGGAGGAGAGGGAGCGCCUGUUCGGCUGGGGGACGCGGGGACGUCGGCGACGGCACGGCCAGGGGCAGUCGAGCUCUGCCCGAACCCACCCCAUCUUCGAUAAUCUCUUUUUGGCAAGGAAGAGAGUGGUUCCCAAGAAGGAGGCAUUUGUGCGUUCAAAAUCGCUGUACGAGAAACUACCCGAGAUCAGGAGGCGACGAGAGGUGGAGAAGAAGCUUGCCGAGUACCAGUCGAACCGCCUCAAGGCCGACAACUUCCAAAGGAGAGUAACCAACAAAUUGCUGGGUCGAAGCACAGCGUGGGAGUGACUCCAGCACCCGUGGAGGAGCACGGUUCAAGGCAAACAACGUAUGGGGGCUUGCAAGCUUUGGGGGAGAUUGGGGAAGCUCUAAAAGCAAAGCCGUAAUCUAAAAGGAAGACACUGCAUUUCACUUCUGACAGCAGUUGCAUAGCCAUGUCGAAAUUAAAAGUGCCUGACUGUACCGGACGAUUGUGGACGCCACUCAUCCACAUUGAUGAUGCCGAGUCAGCGGUGGAAAUUCUACAUUCCUAUGGCCGAAGCCUGUCUCUUCACAUCUCAACUACUAUUGCCUUCAAAUAAAGUCAUACUCAUUUCACCAACCAUGAAGCCAUGGCUGUCUUGAGUCAAGGAGGUUACAAUAUACAUACGCACUGCAAUUUCACAGUUCCUGAGACCUGCGAAUGGCAUGCUACUUGUUUUGUAAAAUUAUCAAUAAGACCAAAAGACCUGCCAUUGCUAUAAUAAUAUGAUAAAUGAUAUGCCUAACAACAUACACCUAUGCUUCUCAUGAGGGCAGUUGUUGACAUAUUGUAGGUCGUGUUUGUUUUCAUUUCUAUAGGACUGAGACUAUCAACAUUUUUUUACACUUUUUACUCUGCUGUGUCCUUACAUAUUGUGGUGUGUAGCUGUGUGCAGUGCAAGAAUACAAUUCUAAAUGUAACCACAAUUAAACAUAGUAAUGAGAUCAUUUUUAUAAACUCAAACCUGAUGAUUGUGAUAGUAACAUACAAAUUGAGCAGACCAUGGAAUUGCAGUAAUCGAAGUCUCUCUUCACACAAUAUAAUGGCUCUCAAAGUUGAAUGCUUAAAACAUUUCCAAAUCUUUAUGCAACAAAUUAUGCACUUUUACUCGGCUAAAGGAAAUAUUAUUUAAACCACAAACAUGGUUGCCUCUUGUGCACAUGAUUUCGAUGGUGUUUUUGUUAUUUUAAUUUCAAGUUAAAUCAAUUGUCUCCAUGCUCAGACAAGCAUGGGGGGCAGUAGUCCUCUCCAUGUUCAUCUUUGAACCCAUGGUGAUAUUCCACAUUCUUACAUCAGCCUCCCCACAGCCCAUCAUCUACAGAGGAAUAAUGGAUUGUGUUAAAACGCAAGCGCGUGAUCAUUACUGCAGAUGGAAUAAAAGGAUGCAAUGACCGUGAACUCGACUGGAGCGGUCGGUAAACAGUUUAAGCACUCCUUGCCAACGUGCAUCGCCUGCAGUCCACAUCCAUCAACUUUAAACACUUUUGAGCCAGACCCUAAUGUGAGGAGUGGCUGCUGAUGACCACCGUUAUUCUUAGUCCGUGUCUGUUGAGAUGCCUAUCGUGUGGUACGCGUUCUAUUAACCAUGUAGGGAUGAUAAGCCAAACUUGACUCCUGGUCUGGAUUUGAACUUGCAACCUUUCGACUGUGAAUCGCUCACCAUAAUCACAGCACCACAGCAUCAAUGUUAACAUGUUUGCUUAAGGUAAACAAGCUGUUUUAUCACGGGCUCAUGUUGGUCUCCUCGGUCCUCCAAGUCUCUUGGGCUUAGGCUUACGGUAUGCCCAUCCGUGCUCUAUUUAAAUAAAUAAUAUUGUUGUACCCUAACUUAUAUCAAAGUUGAAUCCGCAAUACAAAUUAAACCGUGGUCACUCACUGCUCAUGUAACCUAAGCACAAUUACCUCGUGUAAAAGUGGGUGUUGUUCACCAUUGGUAGACCUGUCUUUUAUCACAAAAUCUGCAUUGUCUUAAUUCUACAAUGUUUAUGUGUGUCGUGGCAGCCAAUCUCUUUGUGUCAAAUUUAUAUACGUGUAUUUUUUUACAACUAAGUUUAUGAUGUGGCCAAUGUGUUGUUAAUAAAUGUGUUUCGUGUA